CCUCUCGCAGUUUAAUGAUGGGACCAAACGAUGUUGUAAUAAAACUACCAAGCGACUUGAUGAACAAAUGACUAAACUUCAAAUAAUUCCUCUUGUUAGACGUUGACAGCAAAACUUUGGCUCACUGCAGCAGCAUUCAGUGAUCAGCAACAAGAUUAUUGCUUCAAACGGUAGAGUCUGCAGAUUACCCUGUCAGAAGUAAACCAUAUGAUGUAUGUGUCAGAUGUAUUGCCUUGUAAAGCAGUGUAACGUGAAUGUAUAGUGAAGAUAUUUGUAGUAACUGACACGGUUCCAGUAUUGAAGUUAUUCAAUCAUGGCAGAGCAGAACAAGGAUGUAGAGGAAGACUCUUACUCACAAGGAAUGUUCUAUUUCAGCUCUCAGCAUUCAGAUGCUCUUAGAGCUAAUGUUGAAGCAUUUCGUGUGAAUGCUAACUACACUGAUGUUACUAUAAUUAUUGAAGACAAGAAAUUCCCUUGCCACCGAGCCAUCUUGGCAGCAGGUUCUUAUUAUUUCAAAUCAAUGUUUUCGUCUGGAAUGGAAGAAACACAUAAGAACUCAUUUACCAUCAAGCAAAUCGAUCCACUGGUGUUUGGACAUGUUUUGCACUUCAUUUAUACUGGGAGCAUCACCAUUACUACUGGAAUAGUCUUUGAAUUGUUCUCACAAUCUCACAUGUUCCAAAUCUCAACAUUAGUAGAGUUAUGUGUUCAGUUCUUCAAGGAGGAAAUCAGUGACUCGAACUGUCUUUGCGCAUUGUCUCUGUCUGAUGCACAUGCCCAUAAGGAGCUAUAUGAGUUCACCAAGGAAUAUGCCUGUAAACAUUUCACAUCACUCAUAAAAGAUGAAGAUUUCUUACGCCUCUCUGGUGAAUGUGUGAUAGAUCUGUUGAAUGACAGACGGCUAAAUUGUACAACUGAAAGCCAGGUUUUCGAGGCUGCUGUCAAAUGGCUGGAGUAUGAUAUUGAACACAGGAAAUCUUUCCGCUACCAGAUGAUGACUUGUGUGAAGUUUCCAUUGAUUGCUCAAAGCUACCUGCUGGAUUAUGUGAUCAAAUCCAAUCAUAUGACGUGUGAAAAGGGUCAAGAAAUGAUAGAAGAUGCAAUCUCAUUCCAUACUGUUCCUUCACGACGUAACUUACUACAAGCUUAUCAGAUUACUCCUCGCUUUGCUUUCUCUUACACGGAAGUUGCUGUACUCCUUGGUGGCAGAGUAGCUGAUGGUCUCAGCAGUGAUGUGGAGUUUUACAGACCAGAUACAAAAGAGUUUGUGUCUUUGAAACCGCUUCCCUUUAAAAAGCGAAACGAAUAUGCUGCUGCAGUGAUAGGCAAUGAGAUUUAUGUGUCUGGUGGUUUGAGAAGUCCAGAAUUAUGGAAAUAUGAUCUCACAUUCCAUUCCUGGAUUAGAGGAAACAACAUGUUACAAGCUCGAAGACGACAUGCUAUGGCUGUCGUUGAUAACAACAUUUAUGUAUUGGGAGGAUUUGAUGAAGAAUGUGUGCUAAACACUGUAGAAAUGUGGGAUAGUUCUUCAAAUAAAUGGACAAGCACGGGAAAACUACUGUUUGCUGUAGAAAACAUGGGUUAUGUUGCCUAUGGUAAAUACAUCUAUCUGUUCGGAGGAAAGAACAAUGACGAGGUUGUGACAAAUGUUGUACAAUGCUAUGAUACAACAACACAUACCUGUAGCAUCGUAAAGAAUGGUCUUCCUGCAAAUGACAUGUGCCUCAGUGCUGUGGUAUUGAACUCUCAGAUAUACGUGGUAGGGCUUGAAGGUGUAUUUCGUUACACACCACUAACUGGUAACUGGGACAUUCUCCCUGAAAUGAGAUGUGCUCGUGACUUUGUUAGCUUGGCUGUGCUGGAUGAGAAAAUUUAUUUAUUUGGGGGCCGAUGCAGGGGGUCAAAAGAGAACCUUUAUUCUGAUCUGAUAGAAGUGUACAACUCCAAAGACAACUCAUGGGAUGUUGUUGGCAAGAUCCCUGUGCCAAUGUAUUCAUAUGGUUGUGUGAAAAUAUUUCUCAGUCAAACAAAUACAUAAAAAAUCAACACAAAUUCUUUAUAUAUUGAUAUGUGAGUGAGUGUGUGACUGAGCAUGUGUGUGCUUAUUUGUUUGUGGUUGUACAUAUAAAGAUUGCCAAAAUACAAACCAUGGAAUGUAUCCAAAACAAUGUCUUACCUGCAGUGUGUUUAGGACAAUUCUGCACAAUGUGAUAUUUCUUUAAUAAUGAUUCAGGGAAAAGUCCACGGCAGUUUUUCACUGCUUUUCUCCCUUCACCUCACCCCUUUUUGUGGCUUCUAUUGUAUUCUGUUGGGUUUUUAUUUUAUUUCUUUUUAAUGUUUGUUUGCUUGUCUCCCCAUCCUCACCUCUUGCACUUCUAUCGUAUUAUUUAUUUCCAUCCCAACACCCACAAAACAAAACUUAUAACAAUAGCUUCCAUUCUUAAUGUCUCAACAGAACUUUAGUAUUUUCCUUAUGUUAUUCUGUCAUUGAUAGCUCGAUUCUUUUAAAAUAAAUACAGAUAUUUUGUUACCAUCUACAAUGGCAUGAAAUUGUCAAAGUCAGCUUUGACUUCCAUCUCUUCAGGGUUGAUCCAAGUAAGUACCAGUAAUACACUAAGGAUUUGGUCAGUUCGCUUUCAGUUAACUGCAUCUCCCUCUUCAACAAACGUGUGAUCUUGUACCACACAUUUCUUGAAGGGAAACAUAGAUUCAUCAUCAUCAUCGACAUCGUUUUUCUCAAGUGUUAAAUUAUUAUUACUUGGACUAUUGUUACACAGAUUGUUAUUCACCUACUACAACCUCUCACCACAGGACCAUUUUGUUUUAUUAGCAUUUACUAAAUAGAGAUUGAACCCUUGUUAAUGUCUUUGGUUAUCCUUUAUAAUCAUCAACCAACAAGACAAAUUAUUAUUGCUACAGAAAUGUUUUUUAUGUCUCUUUUUAAUUUUUACUGUAUAAAACUCUUGCAAGAUUUCAUUAUUAUUUUAUUAUUAUUAAAGUGGUGAGCUGGCAGAAUCAGUAGCAUGCUUGCGAAAAAUGCUUAGCAGCAUUCCUUCCGACCUUCCGUUCUGAGUUCAAGUGCCACCCGGGUCAACUUUGCUUUUCAUCCUUCGAGGGUCGACUUUGCCUCUCAUCCUUUCGGGAUUGAUAAAAUAAGUACCAGUUGAACACUGGGGUUGAUAUAAUUGACUUAUCCCUUCCCCCAAAAUUGUUGGCCUUGUGCCAAAAUUUGAAAUUAUCAUUAUUAUUAUUAUUUUAAAAGUGAUGGAUUGGCAGAAUCGUUAGAGUGUUAGAUUAAACGCUUUGCAAUAUUUAGUUGUGACUCUUUAAUUAUUGUAUUGAAAUCCUGCCAAGGUCAGCUCUGCCUUUCAUCCCUUUAGUGGGGCGGUCAAUAAAAUGAAGACGGUACUGGUCAAAGUAUCGAGGUCGAUGUGAUUGACUAACCCUACUUCCACUAAAUUUGCUGACCUUGUGCCGAAAUUACAAAGCAUUAUUAUUGCUAGUAUUACUAUUAUUAUUGUUAUGAAGGUGGCAAACUGGCAGCAUUGUUAAUGCAUUGGAACAAAAUGCUUAACAGCAUUUCUUCCAGCUUGUUACAUUUUAAGUUCAAAUGCCACUGAUGUCAACUUUGCCUUUCAGAGUCAAUAAAAUAACAGUGCCAGUGGAGUUGAUGUAAUUGCUUUGCCCCCUCAAAAUUUCUGGCCUUGUGCCAAAAUUAGAAAGGAUUAUCAUUAUCAUCAUCAUCAUCAUCACAAGGAUGGUGGAGUGUUGAAUAAAAUACUUUGCAGUAUUUGGUUACAUCCCUUUAUGUUCUGGGUUCUAAUCAUGCCAGAGUCAACAUUGCCUUUUGUUUUCCUGAGAUUGAUAAAAUAGGUACCAGUUAUGUACUGGUGUUGAUAUGAUUGAUUGUUUACCUCCAUUUCUACUCCCCAAAAGUUUCUGGUUUUAUGCCUGUGUAAAAAAUUGUUGUUAUAUUGUCACAACUUUUGGGGGUUGUGAAUGGCAUAAUUAGCUGAGCACCAGACAAGAUCUUUGCACUAUUUAGUUGCAUCCAUUUACUUUCUGAUUGCAAAUCUCUCUCUCUCUCUUUCUCUCUCUCUCUCUCUCUCUCUCUCUCUCUUUCUCUUUCUCUCUCUCUCUCUCUCUCUCUCUCUCUCUCUCUCUCUCUCUCUCUCUCUCUCUCUCUCUCUCUCUCUCUCUCUCUCUCCCUCUCUCUCUGGGGUGGGAGUCAACUUUAUACCUUUCACCCUUCCAAGGUUGAUAAAGUUAGCACCUGUUAAGUACUUGAAGCAGUUUGAUCAACUAAUCCUCCACUAUAUUUCUGGCUUAAUGCCUUUAUUAGAACUUAUUAUUAUUAUUAUUAAUGUUGUUGUUAUGGUUAUCAUUAUGUAUUAUUAUUAUUAUUAUCAUUAUUAUUAUUAUUAAGGUGGUGAGCUGACAGAAUUGUUAGAAUGCUUAUCAGCAUUUUGUCCAUAUUUACAUUCUGAGUUCAAAUUCCACCAAGGUCAACUUUGCUUCUCGUCCUUUCAAGAUCAAUAAAAUAAGUACCAGUUGAGUACUGGGGUUGAUGUAUUCAACUAGCGCUCUUCCUGCAAAUUUCAAGACCUGUGCCUAUAGCAGAAAGACUUAUCACCACCAUCAUAAGGGCAAUGUAGUUGAAAAAGAAAAUGUUAAUGAACGAAAACUUAUAGUAUCCAGUUUUGUUUCAUAACUAUUCUAAAUGCCCUGUAAGUAAUCGUAAUAUUCUUGUAGUUGAUAUUAUAAACUAUAUUACACCUCAACAGCCUUGUCCUUGUAGUUUAUAUUAUUAUUAAGUUGACUCCAUUUCCUCUAACAUGAAGAGAGAAAGAAAAUAUAUAAGUUAAAACUAUGGUAAAUUAUUUCGGUGUUCUGGGUUUAGAAAAGAACUGUUAUAAUAUUUGAUAUGGUAUUUUGGUUUGACAUUGAUUUAUUUCAUUGUUUCUUGUGAGAUUAUUUAAUAUUCGAUCAAGGUAAACAUACUCUAAAAGGAAUCACAUACAAUUCCUACAAUUUAUUAUAAUUAUUUUUAAAAAAUGAAUCAUUCUAACUAAUAAACUCUCCUUCCAAUGAAUACUUUAUAUCAACCUUAGAUUUCGAAGUGGAUUUUUCUUUUUUUUUUUUUUUAAUCUUUGUAUUAAACCUUGUUCAUCUGUUACUGAAAAUUAGGUGUUAGAUGAUUUUUAAAAAAAUAUAGCUUGUAUUUUAUGGCAAAGUAUGGAAGAACUGAUUGCAAAUAAGUGUCAACAGACCAGGGCCCUAUUAAAUAAUCAGUAACAAUGUGUUCGGUGGUGAGUAAAUUGAACCACUCUAAUAUGUAAAAUUAAAUAAUUUGACAUGUGGCCAUGUUAAGUCUGUGAUGAAAUACAGUUGUCUGGUGUUAGCUGGACUGAUCACCAAUGAAAAGACAUAAAAAUAACUGUCUAAAAACAUAGUAACAAUGAGCAGAUACAAUUAUACAAUGUGAUAUUACCUUGAUAUAAUUAUAUGCUGUGAUAAUGCCUGGAUGUAAUUUAUACAAUGUGGUAUUACUUGGAUACAAUUAUAUGGUGUGAUAUUGCCUGGAUAUAAUUAUAUGGUGUGAUAUUGCCUAGUUAAAAUGAUAUGGUAUGAUAUUGCCUGGAUAUAAUUAUACAAUGUGAUAUUCCCUUGAUAUAGUUACAUGGUGUGAUUUUCCCUGGAUAUAAGUAUUAUGGUGUAAUAUAACCAGUUUACAGAACAAAAACACUUGAUGUUCUGUGGUGCAGUUUGUUGCGCAAACAUAAUUUCCAGAAAUGCUACAACACUGUCUCAGUUGCUUGAUGAUUGUAAGAACAGCUGGAGUACACUUAAAUUAUGGUUUUAGAAUCAAUCUUUCUAAUACUUUUAACUAUUAAUAACCACUUCAGAUAUCCAAGGCAGCUAAAGGUUUGGUUUAUUGUUGGUGUCACUCAGAUCAAAAAGCUGGUAUUUCAUGGUGAAUGAGUUUUUCACUUAAGGAGGAGGAUGCACCUGCAUUUCAAAUGAAAACUGCCUAGUUUCUUUUUGUGUGUAUACACACACACAUAUAUAGAAUAUAUUUGGUUAAUGAGAGAUGGAAGAUACGAGAAUUUUUAUUUAUCACUACAUGUGUAUUACCUAUAUUUAAUAUAAUAUACUAACAGUAGUUCUAGAGUUACUGCCAAAAGUGUCAUUGCUUCAGUCUAUAGAAUUUUUGCUUUCUCCAGUUUGAUAUAUAGCAGUGCAGUCUAAAUAGCAAUCGCUUGUGUAGCACUGGAUAACAAUACUUGCUUAAAUUGCACCAGAUAAUAAUAUUGCUUAAUUAAUCAUGUUCCACAAUACUGCCACAAAUAAUAAAGAGAGAACUCUAUUAUAUGUAAUUGUUUGUGAGAGAUUUAUUAGCUACAGGUUUUUCUGACAUCAUGAAAAAUAAAUCAAUAACACCAUAAAUACUUUAAUUAUCGCAAUAUCCAUAUUUUUUGCUGCAACUGAAAACUGCUGGUAAUUUACAACAAAAUUUUGAAACCGACAGAAUUUAGUCACUUAAUGUCCACCUUCAAAAGACAAUUUUCUUUUCUUAUUAUAAAGUUCAAUAUCAAUCUUUUUAAAUGCUUUUUUUUUUUUCUUAACCUAUCUCUGUUGGUUGUAUUCAGUGGUACUUCAGCUUCAGAAUAAUACCUCCUUUCGCUUUUGAAUAUGAUAUUUUAAUUGAAAACUUAAGCUUUAUCUUGUUACAUUUACUUUCUACUGUUAACUGUGAUCACCCAUGGUGGCUGAAAGUUUGGAAUAGAUAGUAGACUGUUAAACAGAUGUGUUUGCAUUCAUCUGAUUAAAUAUGCAUUGAUUUAAAGCCUCUGGUUUAAAAAGUACUUUUGUUCUAAGGUAGAAUUCAUUGAAAGGAGAGUUGUAUAUUCUAUGUCUGAACCAUAUAGAAAAUUGUUUCUAAACAAGUUGAUGAUCAUAAAAUAGAAAGCAUUAGCUUUAUGAUUUGUUAAUAAUGUUGUUAUAUAAUUAUUAUCCUCAAGAGUUUAUCAUGACCAGGAUUAUAACUCAGGCUUAAUGUGAUCAGGCCAAUGUAGAAAAGUCUACUAGUUACCCAAGACUUGCUGCAAGAUGUCUAAUCUUCUCUGUUUAUAUAUCUUUCUUUACACACCAGGUAAUCUACCUAUAUACAAAACUCCACAUCCUUUCUCCCCCCCCCCUUUGUUUUUACCAUUUCAACGUGACAUUUCUUUGUCAACCCUUUUAAUUGAUAUUUUCACUUCCAAAUAGUUUUGAUGUUUUUAUUUUCUUUUUAAUAAACUCUUGUAAAAUAAAUAAACUCAAAUAAAUAAAGCUCAUAUUAUUUU